AUGAUUAUUGCUUUACCUACAGGUAUUAAAGUAUUUAGUUGGUUAGCUACUUUAUAUGGUGGUCACAUUCAAUAUUAUACCCCUAUGUUAUUCGCUUUAGGUUUUGUAAUUUUAUUUACUCUUGGUGGAUUUACAGGUGUAAUUCUUGCAAAUGCUUCUAUUGAUAUUUCUUUACAUGAUACUUAUUAUGUUGUUGCACAUUUCCAUUAUGUUUUAUCUAUGGGUGCAGUAUACGCUAUUUUUGCUGGAUUCUAUUAUUGGAUUGGAAAAAUUACAGGUUAUCAAUAUAAUGAAGUUUUAGGUCGUAUUCAUUUUAUUUUAUUUACUAUUGCUAUUAACCUUGUAUUCUUCCCAAUGCAUAUGUUAGGAUUAGCUGGAAUGCCUCGUAGAAUUCCAGAUUAUGCUGAUGGUUAUGCUAGUUGGAAUCAAUUUAUUACUUUAGGUAGUUUCUUAACUUUAUUCUCUGUUAUAGUUUUCUUAUAUGUUAUUAUUCAAACUUUUUCUACUACUAACACUAAAACUGCUAUAGCUUUACGUGGUCGUUGGGACAUAAUUGGAUAA